UCCAGUGACACUGAGGCUUAGGCACCACACAGCGAGAGGAUGUGGACCAUGCUGGGCAUCUCCAAUUUUCUCUUCCUGAGCUGUUUUUCUGUAGGAUUUGCCCAAAAUCCAGGGACAGCCCCAGUUGUUAAUGAGGGGUACCCUCCUUUUUGGGACCAGAUUAAUGGGGAUAUAGCAGAGUAUCCAGUAAAGAAUGGGAAAAGUGUCAUCAAUGUCUGGAACUACCUAGAUCGGCUGAAAAUGUAUAAGAUCCUGAUUACAGAAACCAACAAGUAUUUUGUUCAGUUUGGAAAAAACAAUACAGGAAAUGUACUAUGGGCUCUCGCCUUAUAUUAUGGAAAGCUGUAUGAGACAGCUCGAUUUUCAGAGCCUACCAACACUUUCGUCUGUGCUUAUGAGGCUGGAUCUCCAGGCUGCAUUUCCAUCAACAGUGGCUGGGGAGGCAUGAACUUCUAUGUGGUUACUAUGAAUUUCUUGGGUGCAGUUGAAGCUGGGCUUUUCAAGGAUGCACCACAUGAGGUAGAACUAGUGGCUCCAGCAGCACAUAGAUCUGAUUUCUGUUAUUCUAUUGAAGAGUGCCGUGCAUUAUAUGGACAAGCUAUGGAUGUAGCCACAAGGUUUUACCAGAUGACAUGACUUUUCCUGCAAUACUUACUGUCCAGGAAGCCGUCUUCCUUUCUCAGUGAUGUCCCUGUGUACGACACAGAUGAAGACACAGCAAUCACUUACAUGUGGGAAGCUCAUCAAGCAGCCCUUGAUGUUUCAACACCAAAAUUGAGUUACACAUGGCAGUAUUCUUCUAAAGCUGAAAGAGACUUUGCCAACGAUUUCCUGACUGCCAUACAGUUUUGCGAGGCGGCCGUAUACCGUCCAUACUUUAAAAGUGCAUCUGAGUUUCUUGUGGGUUACCCACACCGGCUGCUCACAGACCAGGAGAACCCCAUUAUGGCAGAGGACUUCAGCGCACGGGAAAGGGCACAACUGUCUACAGUAAAACUCAUCUCCAACAUGAAUAAAGUCACAGGAGGUGAGUUUUUAACAGUUUGGAAGAAGGCCAUGAACACUUCCAAAGUAUCUCAGGCCAUGGCCCGGAUGUUUAUCAAUGGGGUACUCUUAAUACCGAUUUCUCCAUAGCCUAUGUCUUGGCAUUAUAGGGCACUCAACUUAAUUCCAUAAUAAAGAGAAAUUAAAUGUCAUAAAUACUA